AUGAGAAUUUUGGUGUUGGCAAUUCUUGUUGGAUUGGUGGCCGUUACAAUGGCGGUAAGUGCGGAGCAUCGUAGUUUUGUACUGUGGGAACGCGGAGCAUCUUGAUAACUGAGAUUAGGGUGUUAUUGAGGAGUGUCGUUAGCAAUACCUAUUCUAUUCUUUGGAAUCGCGGAGUAUCGUAGUUUCUAUGCUGUGUAAAAGCGGAGCAUCGUUUGAAAAAUGCUAUUAGUUUUCAAAGCGGAAUUGCGGAGCAACGUUCGAAAAACAUGGCUCAGCCUAGUAAUUCUAGAUAUUUAAAAUGAAAAUGCGGAGAACCGGCGUUUCCUUACAGUAUCUUGGUGUCGUAAUAGCGGAGUGUUGUUCGAAAAUCCCAACAUUUCACUUAUGUUUUUUCAGCGCAGCAAACCAAGUUUGAACAAAGUUCUACGAGACCAGAAAAAAGCUGUGAGUUUGAAGGCUCUCUCUUUAAAUUCCUAUCUGAAACAUUUCCAGCGUCGUCUUUUGGCGGCUUCGAAUUCGAAUUCGGCAUCAUCAGAAGAAUCAUCAGAAGUUGGGUAAGAAGUUCUCUUUUUCGGAUUUUCAAAAAACAAAUCUGAAAAUUUUGCAGAGUCUCUGACUUCUACGAGGAUCGUUUGAGUCGACGAUUGGCUGGCGGGUAAAAUUUCAAAAUUUAAUUUCAGGUUUCCAAAGAACAACAAAAAAUUUCAGGAGAAGAAGACUUUCUGGCUCAAGAUCUGGCUCAAGAUCUGGAACCAGUUAUAGAAAUCGAAGACUUUCACGUUUUCCAAGAAGAUUUGGGUAAGAAAAAGAAAACAUGGGUUUUUCACGUGGCAACUACUGUAACCUUUUUUGUAGGGAUGACUUGGAUCAAUUCAACAAUGUCGAAUCCUAUAGACCAAGGUAAUUAGGUUCUCAAGCAGCCAAUGCUUGGCAGAGGGGCUCACAAGGCAUGGCUACUUGAGAAAGAGGCAACUUCUUGACAAGCAGCAGCUCCUUGACACAUGUGUUCUCGCCUUUUCAUAACAUUAAUUUUUCCAGAAACUUGGUUGGUGGAUAUCCAACAAGCGACUUUCAUGGGUCAGUUGAUUAUUAAAAUUUCAUUUUACAAAAAUUCUUGCAGACUGCCACGUGGACUCAACCGUAACGUUCAUCAAAACAUUUUCAGUCCACCUCGUCGACUUUACAAUAAUGGAUUCAGCAAGUGAGUACUUCAAGAAGUGACUGCUUGGUUGAUAUAUCGGGUGUCAAGGAGUGUUUGCUUCACAAAUGAAACUAGGGCUAAGGGAUAGCUCCUUGACACCAAAUAAUUUUUCAAUUGACAUCUGCUUGACUAACAAUUUUGCUGUCAAGUAAAACUUUCUUAAUCAAAAGUUUUCAGCCCAACAACCUACAACAGAUUCUCUCAACAAUCGAGAAGGUAAAUUUGAAUUUUUCUGCUAAUAAUUUCUUCCCAAAAAUGUCUGAAAUUUUCCAGCUUCCCACGUCAUCUUCAAUACAAAAUCGAACCAAUGAUUCCAAGAAUCUAA